AUUAUUUUAUAAUAUUAUCCGUGGGUUAGAGGAACGAUUUAAGAUCACAGAUUACAGAUAUCUAUAACAUAGAUAUAUCUUAAAUCGUGGUCAAUGGUACAAUAAAUUUAGAAAUUAAUUAGCCUCACUACUGAUGAUAUUAAGGUUUAGUUGUCUAACCUUAUCUUUUAAAACCGUGGUAUAAGGUUUAUGAUGAUAACAGAAUAGAUGAAAUUGAUGAUACCCCAGAGGAAAUCAUGAUCAUAAAUUAACUAGUAAAUAAAUAUUAAAAGAACGCUGCCACCGCCGGCUCCGGUGAGUUUCUCAAAUUGUUUAGUGUAAUCAAAUUUGUUUUAUUUGUUUUUUGUAUUCUGUUUUGAUACAAUUUUUUUUACAAGAGUAUUAUACUCGUAAUUAUUUUGUAAUAAUAUAUAAUUUAGUAAAAUACAUCUAAGAAAUAUGUUAGGGGAAUCCGACGAAUUUUCGGAAAUUCUAAAAACAGGAUUUCCAAUGUAUUUGUUAAUCGCCAUUCCGUUACUGUUAGUCAUGAGCCCGGUGUGUCCGGCGAAUGCAGCCCACGAGUUUAACGUCUAUCGCGCCCAGCAGUAUAGUUUACAAGGCGUCUCUUACGGUACAGUCACACCCUCAUUCAAAAAGCAAAAUGCUAUGUUUAUUGAAUGACAUAGUUUUAAUUUUGUUUUGGUUUUUUUUUUUUUUAAUGGUCAGGUUCAAAAGGUAGUAUUAUCAACCUAGAGGCCAGGUCUUUAAAAACUUGGAGCAGUCGAUCCAGGCAUUGUGUGUUUGUACUGAUGGACAAUUUCACAAUUGAGGAAUAUAAACAGAUAUCUGCUGGAUCUGGCGCUUUAGUGCUUAUUGUGCCACCACCACCAUAUACCCAAGAACAACGGAUUGUGAGAUAUUAUUUUAAAAUUAUUUCUAUGAUAAAGUAGGUACCUAUUACCUAUAUAAUAAUAUAAAACAUUAAAAUUAUUGCAAAUAAGUAUUGAUGUAUUGUACUAAAUUCAAUUUAGCACAGUCAAACGUUUGUAUCUAAAAUCACAAUGUAGAAAUACCUAACUAUACUUAAAUGUAUUAUUUAUGUAUUUAAAUUAACAAUUUUCUUUAGAUAAUGAUGGAAAUAGAACAAACUAUUUUAUCGUCUGAUACUGUCAUACCAAUAUACGUAAUGGAUUGGUCUCCAAAAGUUAAAAAAUUAAUGGACAAUUUGGGAGACAGUAAAAUAAUUGAUGAAAACGCCAGUUCAGCUGCCAAAGGUAAAUAAAUUAUAAACCCAAUUGUAAUGUACAUUUUUAUUUUUGUUUGUUAUAUUUUAUUUAUCUUUAGUACCAAUUCCAUGUCAUAUGCAAUAAAAAAAAUGUUCCUAUGCAUUAUUAUAAAUAUUAUUACAAAUAUUUUGUUUAGCCUUCAUUAAUUCAGUAUCUGCAAAUGGUUAUCAAAUAGUAGUAUCGACAAGUAAACCAGUUUUACAACAAAAUGUCGCAAUAUCCACAAUUCAGGUAUCUAACUCAUUUAGAAUGUUUAUUUGUUUUUGCAUUUUACAUUAUACUUUUACCUAUUUUUAUUAGGGUCAACUAAUUGGAUAUGGAUUUCAAGAUAAAUUACCUAGUAUUUUGAUUGUUGCUCAUUAUGACACUUUUGGUUUGGCGCCAGUAAGCAAUAAUAUAAAUAUUUCUCUAUUUAAAUUAAGGUGAUUUAUAAUGUUUUAAUAAUAUAGGAAUUAUCAUAUGGUGCUGACAGUAAUGGUUCAGGCGCUGCUAUACUUUUACUUUUGGCAAAAUUAUUAAGUAAAGUUUAUGCGGAAAAAAAUCGACCCAAGUAUAAUGUUAUGUUUAUUUUGAGUGGUGGUGGUAAACUUAACUUUUUAGGUUCUAAAAACUGGAUUGAACAACAAAUGGACAAGUCAAAUAUAUUACAAGUAAAAAUAUAAUAUACAUUAUUUUAAAUAAUAAGAUGUAAUUUACAUGUCAAUAGUGUUUGAUGAAUACAAACUGUAAAUUUUUCAGGAUGUGUCAUUUGUAUUGUGCUUAGAUUCUUUGGGCACUAGCAGGAACAUUUAUGGACAUGUGUCUAAACCACCAAAAGAUGAUAGCAAGAUGGGACUUUUUUUGAAUGUAAUUGUUUUUCUAAAUUAUAGUUGUACAAUAUUAAUAAAUAUUUUAUUUUUAAAAUAUUCUAGGAACUCAACAAUAAUUUAGGAGAAAAUGGACUAAAAAUGAUUCAUAAAAAGAUAAAUUUGGGCAGUGAUACCUUAGCUUGGGAACAUGAAAGAUAUAGUAUAAGAAGAUUACCCGCGUUCACUUUAUCCAACUAUAAAGUAUAAAAUUUAUAAUUUUAGUUGAUAUCAAAACUAUUGAGUUUAUAUUUUGCUUUUUAAUAGAGUCACAAAAAUAAUUCUAGACGAACAAUAUUGGAUAAAAUCGAAAGAUUAGAUCCAAAAUUUAUGUUUCGUAAUGCUCAGAUCAUAGCUAAGACUUUGGUAUCUCACUUGUAUGAUUACAAUACUUCUGAAACGCCCAAAAUAGUAAGUAUUCAAUAAUUAACAUCAAUUCAUAUUUUGUAUUAUUAGGGGUUUUUUUUAUCUUUGGAAAACAUAUCUUUUGAGCAGUGUAUAAAAUAUUUCACUGAUAAAUUGUAUACAAUUUAAAAUAAAUGGUAUUAUAGUGAUAUAAUUUUUUAAAUUACCAUUGAGUCAUUUGACAAUAACUCUGAAAAAUUAUGAAAGCUGGAAUAAUACAAAGCUAAAAAAUUAAUCAAGUGGUUUGAUUUUAUUUCUGUGCUUAUUUUGGAAUUCUUUUAUCGCAACCAGUCAAUUAUUUUUUCUUUUUUAAAUAAUUAAAACACAAUCUAAGGUACAAAUAUAAUUUUUUAUUUAUUAUUAUUACAUUGAGAAUUUUGACUGAAGAAUAAUAAACAAUACAAACAAUUUUUAUUUUUUUUUAUUUUAGAAUAUUGAUUUUGAGACAUUGAGGAGUUCAUUGGAUUUAUUAGUGUUAACUCCUAGAUCGACCCAAAUAAUGACACUUAAAAACAACCCUCUGCUUAAUAAUUUAUUAUUGGCAAUGAACAAAUAUUUAAAAGAUGUUAAUGUGUCACAUCUAUUGGCAGAUAAAGUUGAUCCACAAUUUUCAUUCUUUACAGUUACCAGUGCGACUUUACAAGUGUACAAGUUAGUAAAAUUUGUAUAUUUUAAGGUUAAUGUUUUCAAAUGAUAAAUAAUUGUUUUCAUAAUGUUAUAUUCACUAUUAUUAUAUAUGCAAUUUUCAGUGUUAAACCGGCAGUGUUUGAUCUCAUUCUAACUCUUGCAAUAGCUUUAUACUUGGCUAUAGUCUACUUAUUUAUUCAGGUAAAAUAUACAUACAAUAAAUUAUUUAUCUGCCAUAAGUUUACAGUAUUUUUUUUUAAUUUUUAAUUUUUUGAUUUUAGUUGGUACCAAUUGUAUAUGAUUUAUAUAUUGGUACUAUUAGACCAGAACCUGUGGUUAGUGUACCAAAGAAAAGUAACCGUAAAGAUAAGCAUCGAUAAAUAUUAAUUUUAUGUUUGUGUUUUAUUAUUUUGCUCAAGGCACAUUUAUUGUAGUCAACUCAAAGUAAAUGUAAUAUUAUUUAAAAUCAUUUUUUUUAAUUUAUUUAGUUAUUUUAUUAACAUUAGUACAAUAAAAUAAUAUUACGGUAAAUGUUUAAUAAGGCUUCAUGUUAGUGAAUUGUUUCAGUAUCAUUGUAAUUACUAAUUUAGUUUAGUCUUUUACAAAUGAAUUCCCAAUGCUUACUUUAUUAUAUUCUAAUUUUGACUGAUUAGAGUAUUGAUUAAAAAAAAAAUAUUUUAUAUUAUUACUUAUACUUCAAAUUGUAUAUAUUAAGACUUGUUACACUGCCUGUGUUUGCUCAUUUUUGAGACAAAUCACUUAAAAAUAUGUCAAAGUUAGAAUUCUAAAGUAUAGCAAUAAGUCAUUUGUAAUACUAUCGGGAACAUUGUAUGAUUUUUAUUAGAAUGAAAAUGUGUUAAAAUGUGUGAAUUGCUUGUCAGUAAAAUUUCUUUUUUAACUGUGCAUUAUUGAUUGAUGUUUGAAAUUUACCUAAUCUUUGUUAUGUCAAAGAUUUUGUCCAUAAAAAAACAAUUUGUUUCAUUUUUAAAUUGUGUUUUGUUAUCAGUAAUUGAAAAUGUAUUUGUUUGUGAAUAAAAUAUAAAAAUUGAAGGUAAACUUUAAAAAAGGCAUUAAAAUUAACAUUUAAUGUAUUUAUUUAUCUUUUUAAAGAAACGGUGUGUCUAAAUUGUAUCAAAUUGGCAAUAAAUAAUACAAAGAUAAAUUUACAGAACAUUGUUAUUAUUGUUUUUUUUUUUUUUUUAAACAUUAUGUACAUCAACAAUACAUUUAAAUAAUUCUGUUCUAUACUGAUUAUUAACAAUUUACUUAAAAAGAGUAUCAAAUAAUAAAGCCA